AUGCAACCAUGGAGAAGUGUUGUUCAAAAGAGACCAGUCCUGGUAUCAGCUGAGAAUUGUGUCUGGUCGAGCACCCACCGUCGGUCGUCAACCACAACAGAUCAACCUGAAUUGGAUUAUGAGGCGACGAGGGACUGGUACAAGAACAAAUACUCUCCUGACACGUUGAGCAAGAUUGGCGAGGUGUCUUACAGUCGAGCAAGCGGACCAGGUGGUCAAAAUGUGAACAAAACCAAUUCCAAAGCUCAAUUGCGUGUACCAUUGGACAAACUAUUCCCAUUGAUCCCCGCUGUCCUGCACAAGGGAAUUCUCUCCUCACGAUAUUGUGCCGAAAAGUCCUCGUCCCUCCUCAUCCAAGCAGACGAAAGUCGGAAACAGCAGGCCAACAGAGAUACUUGCUUUAGAAAAUUAAACGAUCUGAUUGCCGAGGUUUACAGCCAUUCUGUGCCUGGGGAGACAUCUGAGGAGCAGCAGAAGAAAGUGAUCAGGCUACAGAAAGCGGAGAAAGAGGCAAGAUUAAAGGCCAAGAAAUUGCAUUCGAGCAAGAAGCAGACUAGAGGAAAGCCUGGAUACGAGUGA